UCUGGGUUGAGGUCACGUGCUCGGCUCGCGCGCACAGUCGUUUCGCUCGGCAGUGACGUCGUUGCAUAAGUGAGUGUGUCAGUGCAAAGAAAGGACAUUUUGCAAAUGGAGGUCCCGGGAAAGACCCAAUAAACGUAAACGCGAUGUCCGACGCUCUGUAUGAGAAGUUCCUGGCCCCCGAGGAGCCCUUCCCACUCCUCUCCCAGAGGGCCAACCUCAGCGACGUGGGCACCUUGGACGUAAGCGACUUUGGGUGUCAGCUGUCGUCUUGUCACAGGACGGACCCACUGCGUCGUUUCCACACCAAUAGGUGGAACCUGACGUCAUGUGGAACCAGCGUGGCCAGCUCGGAGUGCAGCGAGGAGCUGUUCUCCUCGGUCUCUGUGGGGGACCAGGACGACUGCUACUCCCUCCUGGACGACCAGGAGCUGACGUCCCUGGACCUGUUCCCCGAGGGCAGCGUCUGCAGCGACGUCUCCUCGUCCAUCAGCACCUACUGGGACUGGUCCGACAGCGAGUUCGAGUGGCAGUUACCAGGAAGUGACAUCGCCAGUGGCAGCGAUGUGCUCUCUGACAUCAUCCCGAGCGUGCCCAGCUCCCCCUGCCUGUUCUCCAAGAGGAAGACGAAGCCCCACCCACACCCCCACCGCAACCUGGACGAGCUUCCCUGGAGCGCCAUGACCAACGACGAGCAGGUGGAGUACAUCGAGUUCCUGAGCAGGAAGGUGAGCACGGAGAUGGGCCUGCGGGAGCAGCUGGACAUCAUCAAGAUCAUCGACCCCUGCGCCCAGAUCUCCCCCACGGACAGCGAGUUCAUCAUCGAGCUCAACUGCCUCACGGACGAGAAGCUCAAGCAGGUGCGCAGCUACAUCCGGGAGCACGGCCCCCGGCAGCGGGCGGCGGGCAGCGCGCGGGACAGCUGGAAGCGCAGCGGCCACAGCAGCGCCAGCACCAGCGGGGUCAGCGGCGCCAGCAGCAGCAACGGCAGCAUGGUCAGCUCGGCCUCCUCCUCCGCCGGCUCCACCAACUCCAACUGCGUGGCCGGCGCCGGAACGGCGUCCGCCUGCAGCGGCGGCAGCGUGGCCAACAUCAGCCGCGCCCACAGCGACGGGAACCUCUCCAGCGCCGCCGAGCGCAUACGAGACUCCAAGAAACGCUCCAAGCAGCGCAAGCUCCAGCAGAAGGCCCAGCGCAAGCAGCAGCUGAAGGAGCAGCGGCAGGCCCGCAAGGAGCACCUGAGCGGGCUGUUCCUGAACGAGGAGGUGCUGUCCCUGAGGGUCACGGAGGAGGAGGACCGCGUCGGGGACGACCUCGACGUGCUGAUGUGACCCCAGUGAGCCAAUCAGUGCUCCCUCUAGGCCUGUCCCCCCCCCUCCCCCCGCCGCCGCCGCUGCUGCUGCUGCUGCUCUAUCCCCGCCUCCCGCCCCCCUCCCCCCCUGAUCGCAUGCGUUAGCAUAUGAACAGCACAACACGCCCCCCAGCGCAAGUCCUCGUUAGAACAAAGGCCUUAUUAUACAGAUUAAUUUGUGUAGAUGUUAUUGCUUUGUGCAUGCUCGCCCUUCCUCUGCCAGCGUCGCUCAUAGUUAUGUACUCAUUAGUCAACCGCUGGCUGACACUGUCGGCAGCCUCCUAGUAUUGUAAGAGUUCUGGUGAGAGAUAUACAGUAGGUAGUAGCUACCAACUGCGCCAAGGACUGUAGUGAGUAACGCUAAAGUUUAGGAGCUCUCCUAUGUUUGACAGCUGUUUCUACUUAUAGGACCUGCUUUUAGCCCGCUUUUAGCAAACGUAGUGGCAUCUUUGAGACUUUUAGAGCCCAAAAUUCGACAUGCUUCUGCUUCUGCCAUCGUCAACGUCGUCUGCCCUUAAUGGAGGGAUCCUCCUGGGAGUCCUAGUUGUUUAGGCCCUCAGCUGCUGCUUCUGCCAGCCAGAGAAGACCCCGACCUGCUCUAACCCUUGAUCAAAGAUGUAAAAAAAAGUGAACUGAGGAAAUGCAAACUCUUGCUGUCGCGUAUUUCUAAAAAUAUGUACAAUCCUUUUUUUUUUUGCUUUUUUCUCCCUGCAAAGCUUUUCAUUUAUGAGACUUUUAGAACCGACGACCUUGGUCGUUGUUAUUAUAUGAAACCUCAAGAGACAUCAAGGACUAUUAGAGCAAAUACACAUUCUGCUGUGCAAUGGCUCACAUCCAGACCCCAUCACCUUAACCACUAUUCAAACGUUAUAUUUUUCACCAGCAAAACAUAUCUGAAGAAAAAGGUGAAGAUUAAUGCAUAGUUUUCCAACACUGCUCUUAAACGACGUCAUGCUGAAUCCUAACUGACGUUAAGUUAUGAGCUGGUGGUCUCCGUCUCUCUCUGGCCCUGCUGCUGUCUGCACGUCACCGCACCGCUCCACCCUCAUAGGCCUAGAGGGACCGCUGACCCACCCUCAUAGGCCUAGAGGGGACACUGACCCAACAUCAGAGGCCUAGAGGGACCACUGACCCACUGCAUGUAGUCUGCAUCCUCCGUCACCCCCACCAGGUCCGACGGGUCACUAACCAUACAGCUUGGGACUUUAUUUGCGUAGCUAUAAUAACACAGCGGUCAUCUGUGUCAUGUAAAUAAAUGGUAAAUAAGUUUAAAUAGUUGGCUUCUGGAUCUUUCUGACUUGCGUGCGCCUCCUGUUUUAAAGCGGUUUUAGAUCCCCCUCCCGUUGCGUUCUUGUGCAUCCACCAGGAUUUGACGCGUUUCACGUUUGUACAAAACGAGACCAACGUUGUGUUACUGAUGGCUGGAAAGUUUGAUCACCUGAUCAGGUUUUAAUAAUUUAACUGUUAUUGCUGAGGUCUUCAUUGUGAUGGUCCUGAACUAUUCCUGUGUUUUCAUAUGCAUUGGCUCGGUUUGCUUUGUGUUUCUUUAGUGUGCGCGUGUGUUGCAGGUCUCAUCAUUAAGGAUGGAGAUGGCUUUAGGCUCAUGCUUUGUAUGAGGCGUGGUGGUAGAACUAGUCUCGUCAGGUCCGCUCUUGCAGAGCUCAGGCUGAAUUGGGUUAUCGGUGAGCCAUCAAGGUUGUGUUUGCAUCGCGCUGUUUCUAGAACGUGUGGGCCCAGACGAGUUAAGGGCAUGUAAAAUGCUCUAAUCUGAAGUCUGGUGCUUUUGUUUGUUUCUUAUCGCUGGUCUGAUUGAAGGAUUAGGUCCUAUCGUAUGUGUCUUUCAUUUUCCUUUUCUUUUCCUUCUGGUUCUGGUCGUUUUCUCGGACAUCGACCUGUCCGCUCCAGAGCACUCUGUCGCCCCCUUGUGGACGCUCCCGGUUCUCGAACGCAACUUUCACUUUGACCUCCUGACUCUUGUUUCUGUAUGCUGGACAUCAGCCUUCGCUUCUGUCCCCUGUGUGAAGUUAUGACCCUAAUAUUACAGCCAUUAUAAUGAAAAAAAAAAAGUUUAUGUAUUCAGUAGUGACAAAUUAGUAAUCUAUUUUGAAAAAUAAUAAAAAAUAGCAUUUUGAAAAAAAAGAAAAAAAACUAGCUGCAACACAAUCCUAAAAAACUAAUUGAUGUAAAUAUAUUUGCGUUUAUCUGACAUUCUAAGCCCCUGAUUCCCAACUGGAAUGUUAAUACUGGAAUGUGCUAAGGAGUUUGCACGUUGUAUGUACUAAUGACUAGUGACAUUUAAAUGGUACCAGUAAUGAUCAGUUGAUGUAUGGGAAUACACAAGGCGGCAAGAUGACCAUCCCUUACCAACAUUAUUAGUAUUUAUUGCUAGGAUGUCAUCUUCUCGGUAACAUCACCCGGCCAGGCCGACCUGCUUUUGAUCUCUGGCCUGUUCAUGAACUGUUCACUGGAUGUCGCCUAAUGUAAACGGCUGCUCCCUGAACAUAUACUGGCUCACACAGGAGACUGCUGUCUGCUGGAUAGACCCCAUGUACUGUGCUCUGGGCGAAAUACAUUUAAUAAAUAACAUUGUUGCAACCUA